AUGCUCAAGGUUGGGUUGGAGAUUCACACGCAAUUAAAGACCAACCGGAAGCUGUUUGCACUGUCCAAAAACACCACGUCGUUGCUGGAUGUGCGGCCAAACACCACCACCUCGUUUUUCGACGUGAGUUUGCCGGGAACCCAACCCAAGCUCAACAAGGAGCCCUUGAUGUAUGCUUUGAAAACGGCCCUAGCACUCAACUGUACAGUGAAAGAAACGUCCCAGUUUGACAGAAAACACUAUUUCUACGGAGAUCAGCCGCUCGGGUACCAAAUAACCCAGCAUUACCAUCCCAUCGCGAAGGAUGGAUAUCUACGCUUGACAAAGUACGACCUGCCUGAAGAAAAAACCAUCCGAAUCGAGCAGUUACAAAUUGAACAGGAUACCGGAAGAACAUUGUAUAAGCUGGACAACGAGAGUAACGUCGACUUCAAUAGAUCCAACAUCCCGUUGAUCGAGAUGGUCACCAAGCCAGACUUUUCCUCCGUGGAAGAAGUGCGGGCUUUCAUUAAAAAACUACAACAAACUCUCGUCAAUCUGGACGUUUGCACGGGAGAACUGGAAACCGGAGCUAUCAGAGUCGACGUCAACCUCUCGGUCGACGACCACAGCCGGAUCGAAAUCAAGAAUUUGCCCACAACGUCGGCCAUAGUGUCGGCGAUCAAAUACGAGUACCAAAGACAAUGCAAUAUCAUUAAAACCGGAGGUGCCAUCACCGAGGUGGAAACACGAGGAUGGUCGGGGAAAAAGACAUACAAACUCAGAUCCAAGGAGAACGCAAUAGACUACAGAUACAUGCCUGAUCCUGAGCUCCCGGAGAUCAAACUCGACUUGAACGAUAUCGUGCCCAAAAUUCAAGCUAUUCUGCCACCAUCUGUGGACCAGAAGCUCGAUCAAAUACUCAACGACUACAAGAUCAAGCUACGAGACGCAAACAUCCUGAUGGGAAACCAUAAACUGAUGGACUACUACAAACAAUUGUACAAUAAGUGUUCUCAAUCAGGGGUGGAAAAUCCUAUAAACUGGCUAACACACGAGCUCCUGGGGUGCCUGAGCAAGUCAAAUAUGGACUUUGAACCAUCUGUGAUGGAUGUGGACAAGUUUGUCGAACUGAUGGUGGCCUUGAAGAAGCAGCAGGUAACAAAGAACAACGCAAAACUGUUGUUGAUGCAUCUGGUAAAUAACCCUCAAGACCAAAACAUCCCCAUCGCGCAACUUAUCAACGACUUUGACCUCUCGAAAACAAACCACACAGAAACCCUGGACCCGGUGCUGGACCAGGUGCUUUCUGAAAACGCACCUGUGGUGGCACAAAUUGUGUCCGGGAAAACCAAUAAACUCAAAUACCUGCUGGGCCUAACCAUGAGAGCCACGGAGGGGAAAUUCGAACCCAAGCUGAUAGAGGAAAAACUGAAAGAACGGCUGCUAAACUUGUGA